UGCCUCAUUUGCGUCCUAGGGUUUUUGUGCUUCUUCUUUCUGGGCUGGGAGUCUCUCCGGGCGCCUGAGCGGAUCGACGAGCAGCCAUGGGGCUCACCUUCACGAAGCUCUUCCAGCGCCUCUUCGCGAAGAAGGAGAUGCGAAUCCUCAUGGUGGGGCUCGAUGCAGCUGGUAAGACCACCAUUCUCUACAAGCUCAAGCUGGGCGAGAUCGUGACGACCAUCCCGACCAUCGGAUUUAAUGUUGAGACGGUCGAGUACAAGAACAUCAGCUUCACCGUGUGGGAUGUUGGCGGUCAGGACAAGAUCCGACCCUUGUGGAGACACUAUUUCCAGAACACGCAAGGUCUGAUCUUCGUGGUUGAUAGCAACGACAGAGACCGUGUUGUGGAAGCCAGGGACGAGCUCCACCGGAUGCUCAACGAGGACGAGCUGAGAGAUGCGGUGCUGUUGGUAUUCGCGAACAAGCAAGAUCUUCCCAACGCCAUGAACGCUGCCGAGAUCACCGACAAGCUCGGCUUGCAUUCCCUCCGCCAGCGUCACUGGUACAUCCAGAGCACUUGUGCUACCUCCGGCGAGGGUCUCUACGAAGGGCUCGACUGGCUGUCGAACAACAUCGCGAACAAGGGCUGAGUGAUUGCCGUGGGGACCGGUCGAUCCAUUUGAAGUUUUGCGCUUUCAUCAUCGUCCAUUGCAUGACUACCUACAAAUAUAUAGACUACAAAUGUGGCUUUGCUUAGAUAUAAAUGAAUUCUCUUUCAUUACUUA